AUGUUGUUCAAACAAAAAUCAGACUCUUCAGCACAAAAAUAUGUCACAUACUGCACAGAACUCAACCUAAGCACUGAAUGCCCUAAAAAAAUAUAUACAAACCUUAUAAUAAAAUCAAAUACAUUAAGGAAAUUAACAAUAAUUAACAUGGACAUCAAUAAACUAGAUGUGUCACAAUGCACUAAAUUACAAACCCUUAUAUGUACAGACAAUAACAUGAAUCAACUAAUCACUAAUAAUGAAUUAAGAGCAUUAGAUUGUGCAAACAAUAAGAUCAUUGAUUUAAAUCUAUCAAACACACUAAUCCAAUUAACAUGUUCAAAUAACAAAUUAAAAAACCUAAUAUUAGGAUACAGCCUGAUAGAAGUACAUUGUAACAACAAUGAACUAAAAGAAUUAAAUUUAAAUCCAAAUUUGAGAACACUAAACUGCAGCAACAAUCAAUUAACAAAUCUCAAUUUAAAUAGAAAUCUGUCAACCCUAUAUUGCAAAAGAAAUUCAAUAACAAAAAUUGAACUAAAUAUAAAAUUAAACGAAAUUCAUUGUUCUAAUAACUCAUUAGAAACAAUAAUAAUCAAUGGUUUAUUAACUAAAUUAUCAUGUAAACACAAUAAAAUAAAAAACAUAACACUAAAUAACUCAUUUCCAGACAAAAAAAUCUUAAUAAAAAAAGAUAAACAAGUAAUAAUAAUAGCACAACAAAUAAAUCUCAAGGAAUUCACACCUACCCUAAACGAAGAAACAAUAUGUCCAAUUUGUCUUGAAUCUGAAGGACAAUUAAUAAAAACUGAUUGCAAUCACACGUUUCAUAUGAAUUGUAUUUCACUCAUCAAAAAUACCAAAUGUCCUUGUUGCAGAAGACAAAUAGAACAAUUGAAGAUCAAACAUUACCAACUGGAAUAA